AUGCCUAGAGCAGAACCAGGAACUCCAAAAUGGCUAGCUAAUAAAAUGAAGGCGAAAGGCCUUCAGAAAUUAAAGUGGUAUUGUCAAAUGUGUGAAAAACAGUGUAGAGAUGAAAAUGGAUUUAAAUGUCACAGAUUAUCAGAAGCGCAUCAAAGACAAAUGCAAAUAUUUUGUCAGGAUGCAAAUAAAUUUAUGGAUGAUUACUCUGCUAUGUUUGAAAAAGAAUUUAUGAGAUUGAUGAAAACAAAAUAUUGUAGGGCACGCAUUUUAGCUAAUACAGUAUAUACUAAUAUGAUAAGUGAUAAAAGCCAUAUACAUAUGAACUCAACUGUUUGGGUUACAUUAACUGAUUUUGUUUUAUAUUUAGGGAAAACAGGAAAGUGUAAAAUUGAACAAACGGAAAGAGGAUGGUAUUUAGAAUAUAUUGAUAGAGAAAAAAUAGAACGAGAAAAAGCUUAUCAAGAAAGAAAAAAAAUAGAAUACUCAUAUGAAGAAUUAAAAGAAAAGAAAAUUAAUGAAGCAAUACAAGAAGCUAAGAAAAAAGGUACUUUCAUCGAAUCUGAAUACACUGCAUUACAAAAAAAGAAUGACGAGAAAAUUAUCAUUUCAUCAAUAAAAACAAAUAAUGAUACAAAUACUAAUAAAGAUUUAAAACCAAAUGUUAAUAUAUUUUUAGAUAAAUCUUUUUUAAAACAAGAUAGUCAAAAUAAGAAAAAAUCAAUUAUUCAUGAAAAGAAUACAAACCAUCCUAGUAAUGCAAAAAAUAAGAGACCUUUAUCAGAAUUGGAUUUAUUAAUUUUAGAAAAUGAAGAAAAAAAAAAACAAAAAAAUAAUGAUAACUCGAAAUUAAAGAAUAGCCCAAAUAAUGUAUACACAUCCAAAUUACGUAGUGAACAUAAGGAAGGCCAAAAAAAUAAACAUGAAAAUGAAUAUCCUAAUGAUAAUUUAUCAGAAGAAAGUGAUAAUAAUAUUUGGAUUUUUAAAAAUAUAAUAGUUAAGAUAAUUGAUAAGACACAUAAAUAUUAUAAUCAUAAAGGUGUUAUAAAGUAUAUUUCGAGGAACGAUAAAUAUAAGUGUGAAAUAAAAUUGAAUAACAGCACAGAUAUGGUUUAUGCAUAUCAGAAACAACUAGAAACUGUCAUACCUAAUAUUGGUAGAAAGGUUGUUGUAUUAAGAGGAAAAUAUAAAGGGUCACGUGCAGUAAUUAAAAAGGUUUUAUCAGAUGAAGGUUUGGUUGUAGUUAAUAUAUACAAUAAAUCAUUAGAUAAAUUUAUUAGCGAAGAACGUAUGUCUUAUGAUGAUGUGAGUAAAUUAAACGAUAAAAUUUAG